GGGUACUAGUGUGUGAGUAACAGGUAUCUACAUCUGCUACUUUAAACAUUGUAAAAUGUAAAUAAUGAAAGAAGUGAGAAUAAAUCAUAUAAAUUUAUAGGAAGUUUAUGGAGGCGUUUUGUAUCGUUUUUCAGAUUAUUUUUGAAAAUAGAUCAUGAGGAAAUCAGGAAAAAGUUCAAAAUUUGUUCCUUUGAGUGCAUCUGAUUUAGCCCAGGAUAAAUAUCUUCUUCCUGGCAGGAGACCAUGUACAUGUGAAGCUUCUAGGCACAAUUUAAUAAAUAACUGCCUGAAAUGCGGCCGUAUUGUUUGUGAGCAAGAAGGAUCUGGUCCUUGUUUCACUUGUAAACAUUUGGUUUGCACUAGAGGAGAACAAGAAAUAAUUGCACGCCAGAGUAAACAAAGCUUCAAACUCUAUAAUAAAUUAAUGAGUACAGAUUCAAACAAUGAGACUAUUGAUAUGAAUGUUAAAUUGGACUCUAAACUUCAAAGUGCUAUUCAACAUCGAGACAAACUAAUUGAAUAUGACCGUAAUGCAGAGAGAAGAACUAAAGUUAUUGAUGAUGAAAAUGAUUAUUUUCAUGUGAAUUCACAGUGGCUUUCUGAAAAAGAAAGAAAAAUAUUAAAUAAGAAAAAGGAGGAAAUGCAUGAUAAAAUGCAUAGUCGCCGAAAUAACGCUUUCACUUUCGAUUUCGCUGGAAGAAAAGUAGUUGAAGAUAUACCAGAUUUAAGUAUUGAUCCAGAUGAUUUAUUAAAAUCUGAUACAAGUAUAUUUGAAUUCCAAGAACAUGACUUUUCAGAUUUGCCUUCGAAUAUUCAACCUGUUUUUAUCGAGGAUAAACGUCAUCGGGAUUAUUAUGAUGCAGUUCCUAUAGAUGAAGGUGUCAACAAACGUUCUAAAUUAAGAAUUCAAGAUAAAGAGCUACAAGAAAUGUCAGAUGAAGGGAUGUGCCUCAGUAUGCAUCAGCCUCAUGCAUCAUUGUUGACUGCUGGAAUCAAGAAGCAUGAAGGAAGAGUGUGGUAUACCAGUUAUAGAGGGCGUCUGUGGAUACAUGCUGCUGGAAAAGUUCCCAUCAAAGAAGAAAUAACAGAUAUUGAGACCUUUUACUCAAGGCGACAAGGUUACUGUGCCUUUCCUCAAACAUAUCCUACAGGAUGUUUACUAGGCUGUGUAGAUGUUGUGGAUUGUUUACCCCAAGAAGAAUAUAAAAAUCAAUUUCCUGAAGGUGAGAGUGCUUCACCCUAUGUAUUUAUUUGUGAAAAUCCGCAAGAAUUGAAAUUGAAAAUUCCUAUGAAAGGACAGCAUAAACUAUUUAAAUUGGAUAGUAAUGUGCUUCAAGCAGGAAAAAAGUUGUUAUGCAGACAAACAUGUUAGAAUAAAACAAUAACUUGAAAUUGUUUGCAAAGAUUUAUAUAUUUUAUGUUGAAAAAUAUUUAAUAAAUUUUCUAUAACUUUUGCUCA